ACGGGCGCACUCUGUUUAUGUGGAAUGCUCGUCUCCCGCUGAGGAAAGGGAUUUGGGAUUAGUCGUUCUGAUAAUGGAACUCAUAGGUUUUUUCUAUUUUUGGAAGGUACUGCGGUGUGUAGGACAGUAUGAUUAAGCAAGGGGGAUUUUUAAUUUCGAUCUUUUUAGGCUCGUGUAUUUUUUUUUCUUUUUUUUUCUAUGGAGCGAUGUGGGAACUGGAAUUAAAUUACUGUUUCCUUGAUGGGCGCUUAAAAUUAUGAUUCAAAUGAGGACUAAUUAGACUGACUAUCUGCAUCCUUAUCUAAAUUCUGCGUCCCCCUUUUAAAUGCAUAAAUAAAGCUAAUAUGGCUACAACUGGCAUCCCUUCCCUCAACGCGUCCGAAUCACUCACUUUUAACACUUAACGAUGGUAGGAUUACGAAUACGUCGCAAGUUGCCUCUUAUUUUGGGGUGUGUCGUCCUCAUUUUCCUAACGCUGAAGAGAGGAAAGCAACUAAGAACGUAUGAACUGUUCAUACCCAACCAAGAACCCAAAGCUGUGUGGGAUUUCGUCGCUGAUUUCAGUAAUAUGCCGAAGUUGAAUACGAAGAUGGAGGUGGAGGUGGAGGUGGGAUUGGAAGAAAUACAAGAAGAAAGGAAGAAGAAGAGGUGAAGAUUGAGGUGAAAGUGUAGGUGAAGGAGGAGGUAAAGCUGGCGGAGAAAGAGGGAGAGAAAGAGAUAAAUAGUGAAGGAGAUUGAGAAAGGGGUAAAAAAAGAUGAAGGAAGAGGAGGAGGAGAAGAAAAGGAAAGAAAAGAAAAGGAAAAGAGAACGAAAACGAAAAGAGAAGAAAGAAAAAGGGAGAGAAAGAGAUAAAUGAAGGAAAUUGUGAAAGGGAAAAAAGUGAAGGAGGAAGAGAAGAAAACAAAGGAAAAAGAGAACGAAAACGAAAAGAGAGAAAAAGAGGGAGAAGAGGAGGAGAGCGAGGAGAGAAGCCGGAAGUCAUACGUCGGCGCUGCUGCUGCCGUUUGCUUCGCCCGCUGCAGCCGAGACAAAUGCCAGUUAUAUUGUUAGGCGACUUUCGAAUUCCAGAACAUUGCCCCCAGCGCGACGGCUUCCUUGGAUUAGCAAUUAUCGUCUGCCAUUUCGAGCUUUUGCGUUUGCGGUCGCUUUUUAGCUGAUAAGAGAGUUUAUUCUGUUCCCCUUUUCUUUAUUUCCCGCAAUCCAUUUUUACUGUUGUUGUUUGUAUCAUUGAAUAUCUCUGGAGUAUGUUACUUGUUAAUAUGUACACACGUACACGCACGCACACGCACACGCGCACACACACACACACACACACACACACACACACACACACACACGCACACGCACACGCACACGCACACGCACACACACACACACACACACACACACACACGCACCAAACAGCAGCCAACGGUAGCGUGAGUUCCUCCCUGUUAAUUAACUGUAUUGCGAUAUGAAGCAUCCAUUUAAUUAAUUCAGAACGUAGAUGGAAAACUAAGUAUCCGUAUACCACGUGACUGUACCUAACACAGGCAAAGGUUAGGGUUAAUAUGAUACUAUUCCAGAUACAAUAGUGGGAUUUGCUGUAAGUUUUUUUUUUUUCUUUUUUUUUUUUCUUUUUUUCUUUUUUUUACAAUAGAAUCAAAAUUAUUCAUUGGGGAUAAUUGGGAUAAUUGUGUCAUGGAAUGAUUAACCGAAUUCUCCCGAAUAGCUAAUGGCUUCUAAACGGGACACUCGAGGCCAGACUACGUGUGUUUUUAAGCUGAUGAAUCUCAAAGAAAUGUGUGUCGGUAAUUGUUAUUAAUUAUUUGCAUUUUACAAAAUAUCCUGAAAAAGAAUUUUGUUAUUUCGCACAUACAUACAGACAAACAAAUACAUACAUGCAUACAUAUAUAUAUAUACACAUGCACACCUGUAUAUUCUCUUUCUUGUCGCCCAUCCCAUCUUCCUCCUCUCUCUCUCUCUCUCUCUCUCUCUCUCUCUCUCUCUCUCUCUCUCUCUCUCUCUCUCUCUCUCUCUCUUAAUUUCACACCCACACCUAUUUAGUGUUAAUAGUCUGUGCUUGCAAUGCCGAGAUGGUAUUUCCACAUUUUAAUGGUGCAAUUAUGGUGAUGCUUUGGUGACAUCAAUGGCAAUAGAAUGAUGACGUCACUGUAUGACUCAGGUUGGUGAUAUGUCAACGAAUUUACAUAUCAUUAAUUUAAGGAUUUAUCUGUUUUCUUCGUCAACCUUUUGUAACCAGAUCUUGUAAUAAAUUUGUAUUUUU